GCUUGCCUGUGUCAGCUCCUUUCCAUAAGAGGCAACAGAAAAAACCCUAAAAGUUUAUCACUUUUGUCGAUCCCUUCCGCUCCGACAUUUGAAUCCGAUUGAACUCGAACUGGGUAUUCGAUUUCCGGCGACCUACACACAACAGCUAUCUAAAGGGUUGCUCUUGGAUUUCUGGGGAGGUGCAGAUUCCGUGUCUGUGACGGACGUGAGAAGUAAAUGGACUGGGAGGAUGAGCAAAUUCCACCUCUCCUUUCUAAGGAGCAGCCUACAAACAAAUGGGAUGAUGAGGAUGUGGAUGAUGAGGAUGUGAAGGAGUCGUGGGAGGAUGAAGAUGAACCUGCACCAGCACCGCCACCUGCUACAAAACCUCCUCCUGAAAAGGCCCCCAAGAAGCCUGUAUCAAAAGCUCCAGAAAAGAAAGGAAAAACUGUUGAGGAAGAAAAGGAAGAGCCACUAGAUCCUGUAGCUGAGAAACUCCGCCAGCAAAGGCUUGUGGAAGAAGCUGAUUUCAAGUCUACUACAGAACUUUUUGCCAAGAAGGUUGGUGAUGACAAGACCCUUGACAAUUUUAUUCCUAAGACUGAAAGCGACUUCAUGGAAUAUGCUGAGCUCAUUUCUAAUAAACUUCGGCCAUAUGAGAAAAGUUACCACUAUAUUGCUUUACUCAAGGCGGUGAUGAGACUAUCAAUGACUGCUUUGAAAGCAGCAGAUGCCAAGGAGGUUGCAUCUUCUGUCACAGCAAUUGCAAAUGAAAAACUAAAAGCAGAGAAAGAAGCUACUUCUAAAAAGAAAGUUGCCAAGAAAAAGCAGCUUCAUGUUGACAAACCAGAUGAUGAUUUGGCUGCCAAUGCUUUUGAAGAUUACGAUGAGUAUGACUUCAUGUGAUUUAUUUGGGCAAAACAAUAAUGUUCCUUUGUUUGCUAUAGGAUCCUAUAUAUCAGCUUAAAUUCAUUCAACAAUACGAUCCUACCAUUCGUUUUUGUUUUCCCAAUUUAUGGAGAGUUAGUUGUCUGGUGACCACAGCCGAAACAUGAAGUAUAAUGUCAUAUAAACCAUUAAAACUAUAAGCCUAGAAAAGUCUUUUGCAUAGAUUUGGGGUCUGAAUGUGUUAUUGAAAUUCAUUUGGUGCUUUACAUGAUGCUGAACCCUUUUUGCUGUAGUUUAUACAAUUUGCCAUUUGUUUGCGCAUUAUGAGUACAAUUCCCAAUCUUUGAAUAAAUGUUUAUAAGAAAC